UUGCCAUGGAGUCAUCCAACCAGGGCGGGGCAGCUUCUCAAGGCUCUGGUUGUGUUGUCACUGUGAGAGAAAGGCACAGCGGGGCGGGGGAAAGGACAGAGGGAGAUAGCGAAACAGGUGGAGAGGAAGGGCAGAAAGAGAGUGGACUUGAAGGGAACAAGACGGUUGAGCAACAACAUGGUGGAGGACUGUUAAGAUCUUCAAAAACAGACCAAAUACAAGAGCAGAAGACAGAAAAAUACAGCUGUGGUGUGUCUUCGAAACACAUCAGUCACACCAGGAUGGAGAGUGACUCGUGUGACGAUAGCCAGAGUGACAGUGGAGUAUCAGCGGACUUCUCCCCAUGCAGCACUCUGGAGGGCAGCACCACCAUCCCUACAGGCUCUCCUGCAACUGUGCCCAAAGAGACCCCCAUUGAGAGGGAGAUCAGACGGGCCAUAGCACGUGAACAAAGCCUGAGAAGGUCGAGAGGGCUUCCAAAUCCACCCACUUCCCCAGAGUAUGUAGAUGUGCCUUUAAGGAAAACCGUUCUCAGCCAGCCGCUACCUGCCAAGUCUGAGAAGUGUCAAGGCAAAGACAGAGAGUUUGCAGGCAAAAAGAUGCAGCAUGAGAUCCACGAGGAGGCCCGGAGGGAGCAGGAUCUGGUCAAGCUUGGGAAAGUUCCAGGUUUCUAUGACAAAGGCACAGUUCGCCAACUAAAAGAGAGGCAACAGCUUUUUGAGGCCUUUCAGAAACCCAGUGACUCAACCUUGACUAUCUCAAGCAGGAGUAAGCCCACAUCCUGGUCCUCGGCCAGUGACAUUUCAACCCUGGAGAACCAGGAAGAUAUCUCAUCACAGGCAUCCACAGUAGGAGGCUCAGAUGUGGAGAGAAGACGAAGUUUAGAUCUUCUGAGUCCCUCACAGAGCCCCAACUCUGCCAAUAGCAGAGGUUCCACUUCUUCGACUCCCCGAGGACCAGGCUUCUCUGAGGGGACGAGCUGCCAGGUCGUCAUCUUAGAGAAUAACCUGAGUGUCCCAGCACAGAGGCUCUUCCAUGCCAAACAAGAGGCAGAGGCGGUCACAGCUGUCGACUCUGGAGCUCCUUAUGUCUCGCCUGGUGGGAUUAUAGAGAGAGAACAGGAGAAGGAGGAGGAGAUGGCACCCAAAGAGAACCCCUUUUUCAAGCUGCGCUCCUCCACGAAUUUAGUGGAAUUGGAUAUCCGGGAGGCUCAAGAGAGAGAAAAGGAGCUUCGGAAGCAGAGGAUCAGCCUGUAUGGGGGCACAGAGGGUGCAAAAGAAGGGGUGGGAGAAGCAGGAGGUAGUGGGAGGUCAUCAAGCAUGGAGGGAAAGAGUCCCAAGUUGUCUUCUUCUUCAUUGAAUGGACUGGCUGUUCCUGACUUACCUGGCUCAUCAUCCAGGGGGGGCGGAGCUGGAUCCCCAGCAGCACGUCAGUCCAUUGGCAAGUUCAGCGUGUGGCCCCCAGCCCAGGCUGAGGAAGAAAAGAUUCACCGGCCAGAGAGUCCCCGGACCCCCAGACAGAAGACUCCUCUUGUGCAACGCUGGGAGUCAGGCCUAGUCAACAGACACAAUGAGGAGGAUGACGACUGACAGAGCUAAACUAAGGAAACUAAGGAAGGGAGGAAGGUUUACGAAGACCAUAGUUGGAGGGCUGAAAGACUGUGACAUAAAAAAGAGGGAGCACUGAUGAAGAGGAGGAAUGUGAAGUGAGAAAGAGGUCAGGGAUUGAGGCUAGAAAAGGGGCCAGGUGGAUUGGGAGGAAAAGGAAAAAGGAUUGGUGGUGGACUGAAAACCCUGAAGAGUCCUUCAGUGAGGAAGAAAGAAAAAGGAGGAGGGGGGCCACCUAUUAGUGGAUAAGCACUUGGCCUGCUUCUGGUGCUGUUGGAUAACACAGGAAAACUCUGAGCCUAAUGAAUGUAAAAAGGCAAAUAUAAUAAUAAUAAUACAUUGCACUGGUGAAGAGAGAAAUGCAAAUUUAGUCGGAUUGGGAUUUUCAGACCCAAAAGAACUUCUCUACCAUUGGAUUUUUUUUUUUUUGAAAUAAUAAUGAGUUAUUAUUUGUUGAUGAGAAUAGUUUCAGUUACACAUAUAUAUAUUUAUAAUGUAUCUCAUAAUGAAAAAAAAAUAGUCACCACCCGUUUUAUGUUUUUAAGGGCGUGUUAAACGGAUAUACUAGUUUAUUACACCUUUACAAUCUAAUGCCAUCCAAUACAAUAGCUAUGCAAUAAAUCCUAUCUUAUUGUGGUCAUACUAUUCAGUUUUUAUUGUGUCAGAGAGAAUUUUAGAGGCUGCAGCUGGUGGUGGGGUUGUAUUUGACUGCAUCAUAAACAACACAUGACAUUAACACUCACUAUAGCCCUGAAAAGAGAAUUUACUGCAGGCUUAUUGUUUCGGAUCACAUUGUUGAGGUUUUCCUAAUGAACUGGUAAUUCAGUGUAUGUAGGCCACUGAAUUAUAGCACCUGUCUUAAUCCAUGAAUAGCUAGUUCCAUUUGGUUUGUUCAUUCAUCACUACUAAAAGGUGGAUUAUAGUGCAAUAAAGAACCUUCUUUAAAUCUGGAUUUCAGAACUGAAUGACGGUUCAUAAUACACACCUAAUACUUCGAUAAAAGAAGACUUGUAAUGUAAGACUUGUAAUAUUAUUAAUUGACGCAGCAGAUGUCGUACUUUGGAAUGAAACUUGAUAUGCAUAUUAUCUCAAUUAUCCAACUGAAUCAGACAUAACAUUAAUAUAUUCAGUGUUGGGCUCAUGUCCAUAUUGUCCUUAUGAUCUUAACCCACAGUGUUGUGUUGACAUUGGCUUUAUUUCAUCAGUGUUUGGGGUCCCGCAGACCAAAAAACAAAUAAAUAAAUACAAAUUAUUAGAGUAAUAGAAAAAUCAACAAAAUUUUUACUUCUAAUGUGUUUUCUUCUCUUUUUGUAAUGAAGUUGUAAUCAUUUCCUUUGUCACAA